AUGGAUUCAGCGGAAGAUGUAAAUACUAUCACAAAGUAUAUCAUUGUGACUGGGGGAAAUAUGAGCGGGCUGGGAAAAGGAACAGCCAUGAGCAGCAUGGGGGUAUUACUAUUAACGAAAAAUAUUCUACUGACGACGAUAAAAAUAGAUCCCUACUUAAAUAUAGACGCUGGAACGAUGUCUCCAUAUGAACAUGGGGAAGUAUACGUACUGGAAGAUGGCGGAGAAGUGGACUUAGAUUUAGGAAACUACGAGCGCUUUCUAAACAUAAAAUUGUCGUAUAAAAAUAAUAUAACCUCGGGGAAGGUGUACGAAGAAGUUAUAAAGAAAGAAAGGAAAGGAGAAUAUUUGGGAAAGACUGUUCAGGUUGUGCCACACGUAACGGAUGCUAUUCAGAAGUGGAUCAAAGGAGUUAUAGAUGACAAUAUAAAGAGAAUGAAAAAAGAAUACAACAUUAGAGCUUCAUCAACACCUAAUACGGUCCCAUGCAUUUGUAUGAUAGAAGUAGGUGGGACCGUUGGAGAUAUUGAGUCGGCUGUGUACUUGGAAGCACUGCAACAGUUAAUAAAUAAUUUAAAUUCAGAUGAUGUGUGUCUAUGUCAUUUAUCCUACGUACCAAUUAUAGGGAUUCUGAGGGAACAAAAAACCAAACCAACACAACAUAGUGUCAAAAUAUUGAGGGAAGCUGGACUGAAACCAGACUUCAUAUUUUGUAGAUGUGAAGAACCCCUAACGGAGGAAGCCAUCCAAAAAAUUUCGCUCUUCUCGCAAGUGAAAAAUGAGCAUGUCAUAUCUUUACAUGACACAUCCAAUGUGUAUAAAGUUCCCCUAAUAUUGGAGCAACAAAAUUUCUCUGCCAAUGUUCUAAAAAAACUCAACUUGCAAAAUACGGUCUUGAAAAACAAAUUGCAAAUAAGUCCAUACUCUUUCAGUACCUGGAAACAGCUGUCAGAUAGAUACGAAUCUUCAAACGAAUGUGUUGUAAUUGGCAUUGUGGGAAAAUACACAGCUUCGAAUGACACCUAUUUGUCCAUUAUUUCUUCCCUCGUCCAUGCGUGCAUAGAAUGCGGAUUCAAGUUAAUUAUCAAAUAUAUCAAUAGCAGCCAUUUGUCUUUGAAAAAAAAAAGCAAAAAAAAAAAUAUCGAUUUGAAGAGGAAGGCAAGAAAAUAUUCCUACGACACUUUUUUGCAAAUUAAUACUACACAGAAACAUCUCUUCGUUGAUGAUACAACUUCGGAUGAAGAUUACGAUAAGAAGAGAAGAAUGAAAUACGAGCGUGCAUGGGACAUUCUCCGAUCCGUGGAUGGCAUACUAGUCCCCGGGGGAUUCGGAACGAGAGGUAUUGAGGGAAAGUAUCUCUCAUCCAAGUAUUGCAGACUUCAUAAUGUGCCUUACCUGGGAAUUUGCCUUGGCAUGCAGACAGCCGUCAUCGAUGUUGCUAGGCAGUACCUAAAUAAAUACGCCAACUCGGAAGAGUUCGAAGACGUACUUGAAGUUCACAACCAUUCAAAUGAUAAAAUGAUUAACAAGAAGAAACGGGAGUUUAACAAAUGUGCAACGGACUACUCUGGGGGUGCGAGUGAGUUCACCAGGGUAGCCGAAAGUGAUCUGUUCAGUGGCUCUAGGGAAUUUCGCAAGGGACGAUCCCACACGGAUGAUGUCUGCUUCGAAAUGAAAAAGGAGGCCCCGCACAUUCGCUCUGAUCUGCACGGUGCUAGAAACGUCGCGCAGAGCAACUUGCCCUAUAACGAAGACAACGAUAGUGACUCCCUCGCACAUAAGAAGAACGCAAUUUCGGCGUGCUCCACGAAUGAAGAAAUUCCGAACAGCAUCGGAUUGGAGGCCAGCGAAGGGGGAGAAAAUGAUCAGAGUAGCCCCGAUGGUUCAAAUGGCCAAAUCGUUAACGGGAAAAAAGAGCUCUUCGCGAAGUGUCGCGCCGACAUGAUGAACUACGACUCUUCGUCGCCGCAUGACCAGGGAGCAGAGCCCUCCGACGUCGAGGACUUGUUAGCUACGCAAAAGUACAUCGAAGAUAUCCCGAAGAAGAUAACCGACCCAGCAUUACAGGAGAAAAUAAAAUUAAUGGGCAUACAGGAUUACUACAAAAGUAUAGAAGAGAUAGAUAACAACAAUGUUAUCAUCUCCAUGAACGAAUUCAAAGGGGAUGAUAGUAAGGGAGGCACCAUGCGAUUAGGGGUGAAGCAGUCCAAAGUGAUUGACAAAGAUUCGCUCACGUACAAAGCGUAUGAUGAAGCGACGUAUAUAUUCGAAAGACAUAGACAUAGAUUCGAAAUAAAUCCAAAAUAUGUUCCACUGUUAGAAUCCGUGGGACUAAGUUUUGUGGCAAAAGAUGUUGACAGUGUCAGAAUGGAGAUCUGUGAAAUGAAGAAGUUAAAUUUUUACGUCGGCGUGCAAUUCCACCCCGAAUUUACAUCUCGUCCCUUUAAGGCGAACCCCAUAUUCCUGGCCUUCAUUUUAGCAUCCAAGGGGAAACUAAAGGAGCGUCUGGACAAGUACGGAAAUAAGUUAUGUUCGGGAAGUCUAUAUCGGUAG